UACCGCACUAGACAAAGCUGCGACGCCGCGGCCAUAUUUCCCGCAACCACCAGUCCACCACACUCACUCUCUCAGCCACAACCUCCAAUUUACCAAAAUAGCCCCCAGUUCCACCUUAAUUCCCCUAUCUAACCCUCGAUCUGCUACCUCGCUGUCGCCGGAGACCCAGUCGUACAGUUCAUCGGGAUAGAUGUCGGAAUCUUGCCCUGCGCCGCCGGAGGAGACCGCCGCUAAGUCGCCACUAGACAAGCCGCUUCACCUGCUUACGGAGGAUGACAUUGCUCAGGUCACUCGCGAAGACUGCCGACGUUACCUCAAAGAGAAAGGAAUGAGGAGACCUUCGUGGAACAAAUCUCAGGCUAUUCAGCAGGUGAUAAUGCUGAAGACGCUCCUCGAAACAACGCCGGAUUCGGACGCUGCUGGUGCGCGCAAGCGGCUUCGAAUAUGGCGCCCUAACAAUACCGAUAGCAGCAGCAAUGUUGCUCUGGAGAGUGUUCCCAGAGAAACAACUGAUGAUGCGGAGAAUUCUUUAUCCGCUGAGGAAACGACGCCGCAUUCUGUGAAAGAUCUCGACAAACCUGAUUUUUCGGGUGGUUUCUCUAGCAGUUUUGCCGCCGGCAAUGAUGAAUCUACUCAACCUAGAACCCCUGGUUCGACAAAUAUGCCUAUCGGCCAAAUGACAAUAUUCUAUUGUGGAAAAGUGAAUGUGUAUGAUGAUGUCCCUGCAGAUAAGGUACGAGCACUAAUGCAUAUUGCUGCAAGUCCUCUACGGUUUCCAGACGAGCAUCCCGUUGAUGGUGCUGCAGGACUGCAACCUUUACCAUGCAUCCCAAAAACUGUUAGCUCUGCUCGUCAGGAUUCAGCUGUUCUUAUGUUGCCAACAGUGAAAAUGAAUGAAAGCACCCGACUGCCUGAGAAGAAAAGAAAACACUAA